GUACGGAGCCGCUCCUUACUUCCAUCCGCACCGCUGGCGGGGACAUGAAGCUCUUUUACACGUCUUUAAUCGCAAGUUUGGCCAUCUGAAAGGAGAUUAUGUCCGCUCAAGGACUGUUAAGCAGCGUUUUCUCGUGCUCGCUCAGCCCCAAAACUAUUUCCAAGCGGAGACUGAGGCAGACCAGGAGCUUGGACCCGGCGUUGAUGCGGCACUAUGGUACCGAAGUGGAGGAGACGUCGUAUAAGGGUGACUUCACCUGGAACAGCGUGUCAGGACGUAGCGUUGGCCUGAAGCCCGUCCCCCUGCAAAGCCUCUCAGAGUUGGAAAGGGUUCGUCUCCAGGAUGUGGCCUUCAGGCGACUGCUUCGCGAUCGCGACCUGGGCUGCCACAUCACCAUCCCUAAAUACGGCCACAAGCACAAGAAGUCACUCAGACGGAAGCUGGAUUCGCUGUCUAAAGAGAAGAGUAAAGACAAAGAGACAACGCCCCAGGCAUUCGGCAUACCGCUGUCGCAGGUCAUAUCCAAUGACCGCACACACAAGCUGCGGCACGAUCCCCCACGGGAGGGGCACAGUGACCCCACUGAAUUGAUGCUAUCCUUCCUCCACCUCACCACCAGCUUCAAAAGGGCCAACAAGGAGCUCUCCAGCAGCAACUCGUCCCUUAGCUCCACUUCUGAGACCCCUAAUGAAUCACCUCUGCCCAGCACACCAGACGCAGCCCCGCGGACACGCAGGAGGGGCGGGGUAUCUGUUGAUUGCAUCACUGACCUUGAUGAUAACCAGUCUCGGCUCUUGGAGGCCCUCCAGCUGUCUCUGCCAGUAGAGGCAGCUGGCAACAGGAAGAAGCGCCGUGACAAAAAGCUCAGCCUCAACCCUAUUUACAGACAGGUGCCCAGGGUAGUGGAUCUCUGCUGCCAGCACCUGGAAAAACACGGCCUGCAGACGCUUGGAAUUUUCCGUGUUGGGAGUUCUAAGAGGAGAGUGCGACAGCUUCGCGAAGAGUUUGACCAGGGGUGGGAGGUACAUCUGGACGAGGAGCACAGUGUCCAUGAUGUAGCAGCCUUGCUGAAAGAGUUCCUCAGAGACAUGCCUGACCCACUGCUAACAAGAGAACUCUACACGGCCUUCAUCAACACAAUAAUGCUGGAUUAUUCAGACCAAGAGAGCGCCCUCCAGCUCCUGAUAUUUCUGCUUCCUCCCUGUAACAGCGACACGCUGCAGCGCCUCCUCUGCUUGUUGUCCACAGUGGCUGCACAUGCUGAAGACAGCCUGGACAAUGGGGGACAGGAGAUCACAGGAAACAAGAUGACGUCACUCAAUUUAGCCACCAUCUUUGGACCCAACCUCUUACACAAGCAAAAGAAUUCAGACAAAGAGUUUGCAGUCCAGAGUUUUGCCCGGGCGGAGGAGAGCACAGCCAUCAUCAGCGUGGUCCAAAGGAUGAUCAAUACAUAUGACACACUAUUUAUGGUUCCUGCUGACCUGCAGAAUGAGGUGCUAAUGAGUUUACUAGAAACUGAUCCUGAUGUUGUGGAUUACUUACUGCGGAGGAAGGCUUCUCAGCACUCAGAGCCAGGCAUUCUUAGAGCACAAGAGUCCUUCGCUCUGACUGAGAGAUGCCUAUCUAAUGACUCCAUCAAAGCAUCUAGUGGAGAGGUGUCUCCCUACGACAACAACUCCCCUGUCCUGUCAGAUCGACUGCUGUGUGAAUACCCAGAGGACAGCAGUCUGCUCUCAGGCAGGAUCCCCAGACUUUCCAGGCAGUUCAAACUCAGUGGCAACUCUAAAGACGGAUCUGGCAGCACCUCUCCUACGCUUUCUACAGACAAAGAGGCCUCAGAUGAUCAUUUUUGGGACACAUGGCAUGAACUACUCUGCAAGGAUUUUAUUGGCCAUCAUGCCACUGGCUCCCUUGGAGACGUGUCGGAAUGUGAGUCAUAUGGAUCAUCAGAGGGGCUAAGCAGUCGCCAAGGUAACAACAAGCUGCCCGUCACACCAACACAAACCUCAUUGGGCGUGCUGGAAGCCAGGCCACACCUCCCGGUGACUCGCAGCAGCAGUGGUCCUCAUGACCAGAGAGGACAGACACAACCGCAAUCAUCAUUACAUCAGGGGUUGGGCGGCCAAUCAGGAGCCCUCAGCUCGGACAACUUAGCAGGAAGGACAGGACACCCUACAUGUUCGUCACUUAAGGUCAGGACGCAUAGUUUGUCUCCCCUUCACUACUCCGGACAGCUGAGGGAGACCCAUAUUUCUUGCUCCACACCCUCCCUCUUCAUGUAUCAGAGUGACCCUCAAACCCCACAACAGUCCCAGCAGAGCCCGGCCCCACCGACUGUAAACACUGCUGAUGCCUCUGCGUCUGGACAAGUGAAGGGCCCUGAUACUCCAGAGUGGCAGAGGGAGAGGUGGCAUAUAUGGCAGAUACUGUCAAAAGAGAAUGCAGAUGCUUUGCCUGAAACCUUGGUGUGAUGCAUCCUUCGACAUGAUGAAAUAUACUGCAAACUUUAAGUGAAAGGGGUCCUUCUCCUGUCACAUCGUCAGUUGUUGAAACGCUACUGUGCUUCUGUAUGUGCAGAGCUAGUUAAUGUUUCUAAUUGUGAGACUGAUGGAACAUUACAACUGUUUCGUAAAUGUGUUCUUGUUAUUUUGCAAGAGUGCAAGAGUAUAUAUCAUUUGAAGCCAUGAAUGUGUUUUAAUGCUGAAUGUAAGAAUAUAAACCCUGUAUAUGUUUUAAUGUUGCUUUAAACUUAUAUCACCUUGAUAUGGGCUGAAGCUGCCUUAACACUGAGUUUUGUUACAGGCUCCAAUUAGAAUGUACUUACUUGGAAUGGAAAUAGACUACGUCCAAAUUAACACCCAUGUCUCUUUUUUCCAGAAAACAAAACUGGAGGAUAUGUUUUGAAUAUGAAUUAUGAUACUAUAUUACGUGUAGCACUCAUUUUCUGCUUAUACGCACCCCUACAUUUUGCGUUUUGAGAUGCAGGAACAAUUGUUAAGCUGCAUUGUUCAUGGGGAUGUAUAUUCUUUGUAAAUUUACAUUAUUUUGUUAUUUAAUGAACAGCAACCAUCCAUGCUUUUUCUAGUUGCCACGUAAUAAACUGUGAUUAGUUUCGUGGAGAAAAUGAUA